AGCUUUUUCAGCAGUGAUUUUGGCGCACUGGAUGCCGCAGAGCUUUUCCAGCAGUUAUUUUGGAUUCUUUAUGUUAUGGAGAACGCGCUGGGCGCCGUGGGCGAGGCUCAGGCCUCGGCCGUACAGCACAUGGCGAUGCAGCAGCUGAUGCCCGGCAUGGGUUUGGCAAGCUGCGGGGUGCCGGUGAUCUGCUGCGAGGUGGAGGAGGAAGAGGAGGACACGACCGCCACAGGUCGUUUCCUGAGGCUCUGCGUUCAUCACGGCAAGAACUUGCCGAAAGUGGCGUGUUUCGCGGAGGUUGUCUUCGACACCGGCAAGGCCUCCGAGGUCCGUGAGCGCAGUGCGCCAGUGGGCGCCUGCUUCUGUCCCACCUGGGACCUGCAGGUGGAGCACUCCCUGCGUCGCAAGCUGCCGAGUGUGGAGGUGCUGAUCAAGACCAGCGGAUGCAUCCCGCGACAGGUGGCCCACGGAUGGCUGGUGCCGGUGGAAAACGGCAGCGAGGUGCAGGUGGUAGAGCUGGAGCUGGGAACUUCGACGGGCUUCUGUGAGGAGGAGGUCCAGAAGGUGGUGGUGGCCUAUCAGCUGGUGAACUCCGGUGACCUCAGGCUGGACCUGGCACGGGCGGCGGACCUGGGCACCGCUGGGGUGCAGCAGAGCAAGUUCCGGCUGCAGGCGCUGGUGCGGGGCGUCCAGUUCAAGCACAGUCUGAAUGCUGGCGAGGAGGUUCGCCUGAGGGUCUACACCAUGCACAGCUCUGGGCUCACGGAGGACAAAGAGAUCAGACGGUCCGUGGACGCCGAGGCGAAGAGCGUCAAGAAGUUUGAGUUCGGCGACUCCGCAAAAGGGGACGAGGAGAUGCUGUGGGAGUUGGUGGCCAGCGAGGUGAGCCUCGGCCGCUACGACCUGGUGGUGGAGGCGUAUUUGCGACCCGAGGGCACUGAGGCGGAGGUGGUUGGAGUCUGGUCGGAGCCCUUGAACCAGCUGUAUGACACCAUCCAGAGCAGGCAGCUGAAGUUGCUCUUCCGCGCGCAUCUCCGGAAGGGCCUGCGGCACACGGGCUACUUGGAGCUGAUGCUGGACCUCCACCGCGUCUCCGAUGCGCCCCACCAGACCCCGCUGAUCGCGCAGAACCGGAAGGCCGUGCUCCAGGCGCGCAAGGGCCGGCGAGAGGAAGGAGACGAGCAGUUCUACGUGCACGUGGCGGCACUUGGGCUACAGGUCCCCUGUCCGUACUUGAAGGUCAUUUCCGCUGGCGAUUCUGGAGCCACGGACGAGUUUGAGGCGGACGAAUCCAAGAAACGAUGUGGCGAGUGGGUGAAGUCCUUGCCGGUGAAAACUACAUCGUCCAACUCUCAGGUGCGCCUGGAGCUCUGGGCCGACUCCUCCGAGACUCUGCUCUUGGGCCAGACCCUGAUCUUCGAUGGCUUCCCGGACCGCCCCCCCUGCUGGCGCCACCUCUUCGGCGCUGCCGAGCUCGCCAGGGAGCCGGAGGCGGCCGAGAAGAUGGCGCGGGGCCGCCUGGAGCCCAGCACCCACCGGGCCUCUCUGCAUGUGACGUUCAGCCGGUUCUCUGGAAAACUGCCGGAGAAGCUGUCGGAGAUGCGGAACACCCAGACCCCAGUGCAGCUCACGGUGCGCUUCUACCGGGCCCUGUAUUUGGAUAGGUACGCAGGUUCACGCGUGCAGGUGCGUGUCCAGCUUGCGGGAUGCAUGGCGGGGGAGAGCAAAGACGUCUUGGCCUUCGACGCAAAAGUGGACGAAAGGGGCGUGGCGCGCUUCUCUGAGUCAGGCGCCCACGGGAAGACCAAUGCUUGGGUGGAGAAGAGCAGCAGCCUGCUGUCAAUUCCGCAGGACGUGAGCAGUGCCUACUUCUACAUCGUGCGGCAGGGCGAGGAGGGCUAUGCGCCGGAGGUCUACGGCAAAAUUCCUUUGUCCUUUUCCAAGGCGAAGGUGGACUGG